AUGAACAUGUCUUCUGUUCUCGAGAUACAACAUCCAAGCCACCGACACAAGCUCAAACUGAAACGUCCUUCUGCACCUUACUACUGCGAUGGAUGCAAAGAGCUAGGUUUUGACAUAUGUUACCAGUGCGAAACAUGCAAUAUGUUUUCCAUCCACAAGGAAUGCGCAAUUCCUGUAUCUCCUACUUACCACCAUUUCUUGAAGGACUGCAGGUUCGAGUUUCACGACAAAUCAACAAUUCCGGGUAAUGGUAGAGAUUGUGAUGCUUGUGGGAUGGAUGUUAAAGGGAAUGUGUAUCAGUGUUCUUGCAAGAAAUAUGACAUGCAUCCUCACUGUACUAAGCUACCAGAAACUUUAACAGGUGAAAAUGUGAAGCUACAGUUAAAGAAAAAGGUUUCACUCGAGUGCCAAAAAUGCCAUUUCAAGAUUGAUUCAAAGAGAGGGCCAAAAGGUUGGUGCUAUGUUUCUUCUUGCGGGAAAUACUGUCUUCAUGUUGCAUGCGUGAAGCAGCUGGUUUAUGAAGCAUGGCAAAAUAACUACUUUAAUCAGCAGAAUGAUAAAACUACCACAAAGAAUUUAGCACUGCCGAGCAGAGAAGGUGCUAGCACUAGCACAGCGAUCGUUGAAAAGAAGGAAAAUAGAUCAAGUGGUGGAUGGAAUAUUGCAGUUUUAGUUCUGAAGCUCAUCCUAUCGGCUAUUUUUGGAGAACCAAUUACUGGGUUCACGGUUCUUAUUGCUACUCUUGCCCAUAUUCUUUUUCCAAACAAUUGAUAUUACUGGAGCAGCUUGAUGGUGCGAGUUGUUCCAAUUUUCCAGGCUGAUGUCUACUGGUUCGAGUUUUAUUUGCUUGUUCUGUUUAGAGUCUGGUUUUGGUUUCGUUUUCAGUUUGUUUGUGUUCUGCUUAUAUAUGUUUUG